AUGCGACUGAACCAACUUCUCUGUCUUUUCUUUACGGCGGCCGCUUGUGCCGCCCCUCGUAUCGCCCGCGAUAGUCUUUCAUGCCGAGAGAUCAAUAUCCCGGUGGACGUCUCUGCAAACAACAGAGAACUUCCUGACACGCUCGACUUGUCUUCCCUCUUGAGUCUCUCGGUCUUGAACGAUCUUGUGGCCGGCCUUGGUUCCACUCUCGUGUCAGGAAACUACUCCAUUGCCGCACGUUACUGCGAACCCUCUGCCAAAGUCGAAUCCCGAAACAAGACUUUGCAGAUCUUGGUCCACGGCAUUCAGUACAACAGGGACUACUGGUUCGGCCUUGCAGCUCCUGGCACGAAAGCUGGGCAAGAUGAGUACUCUUGGGCUGUGUAUGCUGCCAACGAAGGCUAUGCCACUCUCUCGAUCGACAGGCUGUGCACAGGGAACUCUUCUCGUCCAUUGAGUCUGACGCAAUGUCAAGCGCCGCUCGAGGCGGAGACAUUGCAUGCCAUCAUCGAGGCCGCUCGCUCCGGAACUCUUCCCGACGUCCAGCAAAGCUUCGACAAGAUUGUCUAUACCGGCCACUCGUACGGGUCCCUCAUAGGCAAUGCUUUGGCGUUACAGCACCCAGAGGAUGUGGACACAUACGUGUUUACCGGAUUCUCUCUGGACGCCCUCCAAGGCGCCACUGGGUUCGCACUCCUGCCCGGAUUUCUGCCUGCGGCCGUCGUAGCACCAGAACGCUUCGGAUCGGACGACCUGGGCUACCUCCUUGCCACAAACGAAGCGGGAGCAAAGAAAGUGUUCUACUACGGCGACUACGACGCGAAUAUCUUCAGCGGAGACUUCGCAGGACGACAAGCAGUCCCACUUUCGGAGAUCGCAACUGUACCUCUUGGACAGCUCCCCGCACCAGAGUACCAAGGCUCAGUUUUUGUGUUGAAUGGAAAUGAGGAUGCCAUCUUCUGCGUGGGACUAUUGGAUACAUUGCUUGGAGUCCCAGGCGACUGCUCCAACGGCUUCGCUGAGAGAGUCAAAGACGGAUAUCCUAAGGCGAAGGCUUUCGGCUCUCACAUCACUGCGAACACAGGUCAUGCCAUGAACAACCACAAGACUGCACAAGAGUCGUUCAAAGCUGCUCAUGACUAG